AUGUGUUUCUUAACAAAGUCACGGAUAUAUCCCCGAGUAAUAAGCGACCUGUUGGGACUCAACCUUGGUCCCACUCCAGCUGAGCCAGUCAUCGUACAUGCUGGAGUGCUCACCGCCUUAUUGCGUCUCCUGCCCUCCAUACAGCACCCAUCACAUCCCAGGCUAGCAUGCAUGCUUCAGCUCUACACUGCACAUCUUAUCAAAUCCUUAGUCCGCACAGAACGAAACCAGCAACUGAUGUGUGAAGCUGGUUUGACGGGUGACCUCUUAGGCAAAUGUUCAGUGGCUCUUGUCAGUGAGAAGCAUGCCUUACAUUCACCACUGCAGUACAUCUUUGAACGGCUUGCUGCCCAGGCCAUACACCCAAGAGACUUGAGGAUCUUCUUAAGACUUGGUUAUCCUUUGAACUGCCAGAACUUGGAUGAAAUAGACAUUAGCAGGGGGCAGUCACCAAGCAAUGGCCCAGUUCCUCUUACACGGAUAAAAACAAUUGUGUCGAUGACAACACCCAGGGACUUUAGAGUAGGAACGUUGGUGUAUCCUUCCUUUGUGGAGUUUGACAUGAGUGCAGAAGGCUUUGGCUGUCUGUUCCUUCCUCCAUUGCGCCACAGAGUGCUGGGGUGGAUCGGUGGUAGGGUCAGCCCUCUCUUCCACAGAGCCCAACGUCAUCGGUGGCAUUGGAACAGGGAUCGAAUCUUCCCACCUCAGACUGGCCUCACAUACAGCACCUGGGUGUGUGUUGAGAAAUACAGUGACCCCCGGACAGAUCCACACUGUGUGCGAGUGUUGACCCUUGCCCGACAUGUCCCAGGCCGUGACCACCACUUGGUGUGCCUAUCAAUUGUCAUUCAGCAAGAGACAAAGCUCUGA